GGAAGGUGGCCCAGCGCCCGUGCUGCCCCCUCACUCGCUCGCACACACAUACACACGCCAACCCAGCGCGCCCGAAGCGCCACAGAUCUGCAAAAGUUUCUGCUCGCGACUCGGCUCUCUUUCCCCUGGACUUUUGAACGAUUUGAGGUUGAGAGAGGAACGCAGAGGCGCACUGGGGAGCAGCGAGCACCGCCGGACUCCCCGAGAACUUUUCUGCAGCUCGGAAGCAGGCAGCCGGGGCUGCAUUCUCGCCGCCGUGCCCCGAGCCGGGGCCGACCCGCCACUCUCCGGAGCAGCCUCGGCGGCGGCGGCAGCGGAGAGAUCAGGAGACUACCCCGCGUGUGAGUCUGCGGCUGCUGUUGCGGGACGUCUUCGCGGGGCGGGAGGCUCGCGCCGUAGCCAGCGCCAUGCAAAACUACAAGUACGACAAGGCGAUCGCUCCGGAGAGCAAGAACGGCGGCAGCCCGGCCCUCAACAACAACCCUAGGAGGAGCGGCAGCAAGCGGGUGCUGCUCAUCUGCCUGGACCUCUUCUGCCUCUUCAUGGCGGGCCUGCCCUUCCUCAUCAUCGAGUCAAGCGCCAUCCAGCCUUACCAACGAGGGUUUUACUGCAAUGAUGAGAGCAUUAAGUAUCCGCUGAAAACUGGCGAGACAAUUAAUGACGCUGUGCUCUGCGCCGUGGGGAUCGUCAUUGCCAUCCUUGCGAUCAUCACAGGGGAAUUCUACCGAAUCUAUUACCUGAAGGAGAAGUCUCGGUCAACGGUUCAGAAUCCCUACGUGGCAGCACUCUAUAAGCAAGUGGGUUGCUUCGUCUUUGGCUGUGCCAUCAGCCAGUCUUUCACAGACAUUGCCAAAGUAUCCAUAGGGCGCCUGCGUCCUCACUUCUUGAGUGUCUGCAACCCAGAUUUCAGCCAGAUCAACUGCUCCCAGGGCUACAUUCAAAACUACAGAUGCAGAGGAGAUGACAGCAAAAUCCAGGAAGCUAGGAAGUCCUUUUUCUCCGGUCACGCCUCCUUCUCCAUGUACACCAUGCUGUAUUUGGUGCUGUACCUGCAGGCCCGCUUUACUUGGCGAGGUGCCCGCCUGCUCCGGCCCCUCCUGCAGUUCACCUUGCUCAUGAUGGCCUUCUACACGGGACUGUCACGUGUCUCUGACCACAAGCACCAUCCCGGUGAUGUCCUGGCAGGAUUUGCUCAAGGAGCCCUGGUGGCCUGCUGCAUAGUUUUCUUCGUGUCUGACCUCUUCAAGAGCAAGACGACUCUCUCCCUGCCUCCCCCUGCUAUCAGGAAGGAAAUCCUCUCGCCUGUGGACAUUAUUGAGAGGAACAAUCACCACAACAUGGUGUAGGAGCCACCCACCUCUCAAGCUGUUUUUGUAAAAUGACUGCUGACAGCAAUUUCUUGCUGCUCUCCAAUCUCAUCAGACAGUAGAAUGUAGGGAAAAAAACUUUUUGCCUGACUGAUUU